AAGAUAUCACGUCGUUAUGAACACCCGAAGCAAAGCACACACGCAAGAUAAAGCCGUUCCAAGGGAGGCAUCCCCAUCGCAUGAUCGGGGCAACAACCAACAAGAGCACGAGCAGGAAGACACUGAGACCAAAACCCGCGACGCUAUCACAGAGAUCACGGAGAAUCUGCACAAAAUCUCUUUCGGAGAGCCAAAAGACCCCAACUCUAAAGACCUACCCAGGAUCACAAGCUCCAGUCAACUGGAAGAGGAACUACCAGCCAUUUGCAAUGAAGUUUUCCGUGUUCUCGGUCCUUACAACCUCGAGGCCACGUACCAACGAGCUCUAGCUCGAGAACUCAAAGAUCGAGGAGUGAUGGUCUUCUCCGAGGUGGAGAUUCCUAUCGAGUAUAAAGGGCAACGCAUCGCUUCUCGCCGUGUGGAUCUUUACUUGAAGCUGGACAAACCUGUGAUCCUUGAGCUCAAAGCGGUCACUACGGGAAUUAAACGUGACCAUGAGAGGCAACUCAUAUUUUACAUGACCCACUUCAACGUGAAUGACGGAUACCUCAUCAACUUCCCGCACGUUACGGGCUUCCCGGACGACAACAGUGCGCAAUUUGUCAAGCGCGUGUUGCAAUCGGAAGGUGGAGCUGGCGUCAGCGACCGCGUCACCAGAUCGUCGACGCCUCGCAAGAAUGUGAUCCCCAGUGUCACCCACUGGCAGAAGGCGACGAUGACCGCCAAGACCGUGACCGCCAUGGCCAAGCUUGAGACGGUGGGUCUAGACUCAAAUGUCUGGUAUUAAACGGAUAAAACCAUGUGAAUAUACCCGCAAGUUGUUGUCACA